AUGCUCUGCAUCCCGAGCCUCCUCCGCCUCCCCUCCAAGUUCCGCCGCCGCGCCCGCCGCCGCCGAAUGGCCACCCUGCUGGCCCUGCUAGCCGUCUGCGUCCUCGUCCUCGCGCCCUUCUACGUCGUGUACCAGCCCCCCGCGGUGCUGAUCCGGUUCUUUGCGCGCAGGUGGCCGGACGUGCUCUGGGAGGUGCCGCUACCACCACCAGCAUCAGAAGCCGGGACGGGGGACAACAAGCUCGUCGCGCUCACCAUCGACGACGCGCCGUCGUCGCACACGCGCGGCAUCCUCGAGGCGCUGGCGGAGUCGGACGCGCGGGCGACGUUCUUCGUCAUCGGCGGGCAGGUGUCCGGGCGGGAGGAGGCGCUGGCUGAGGUGGUGCGGGCGGGCCACGAGCUGGGCAACCAUGGGAUGCAUGACGAGCCAGCGAGGGGAUUGGCGGGCGAGGAGCUGCGGGACCAGAUUGAGACGGUGCAGGGCAUGAUACGGACGGCGUACGAGGCCGGGGGAAGGGCGGUGCCAACGGGGAGGUACUUCCGGCCUGGGUCCGGGUUCUUCAGUCAACGGAUGAGGGAAGUGGUCGCGGGGAUGGGGUAUAGGCUUGUUCUGGGCGGGGUGUAUCCCCACGACGCGCAGAUCGGGUACUGGUGGCUUAAUGCGAGGCAUAUCCUGAGUAUGGUUCGGCCGGGGGCCAUCAUCAUCUGCCAUGAUCGGAGGAGCUGGACGGUCCCGAUGCUGAGGAAGGUCCUGCCGGAGCUGAAAAGGAGGGGCUAUCGUGUUGUGACCGUCACGGAACUGUUGGAAGCGGCAAAGGGUUCAUGA